AUGUACAGUCCCAUCCUGUUUCCCCCACACUCUACUGCCCCGCCUGUUAUACCUACACUGUACAGUCCCGUCCUGUUUACCCCACCCUCUACUGCCCCGCCUGUUAUCCCUACCCUGUACAGUCCCGUCCUGUUUACCCCACACUCUACUUCCCCGCCUGUUAUCUCUACACUGUACAUUCCCGUCCUGUUUACCCCACACUCUACUGCUUCGCCUGUUAUCCCUACACUGUACAGUCCCGUCCUGUUUACCCCACACUCUACUUCCCCGCCUGUUAUCCCUACACUGUACAGUCCGGUCCUGUUUACCCCACACUCUACUGCCCCGCCUGUUAUACCUACACUGUACAGUCCCGUCCUGUUUACCCCCCACUCUACUGCCCCGCCUGUUAUCCCUACCCUGUACAGUCCCGUCCUGUUUACCCCCCACUCUACUGCCCCGCCUGUUAUCCCUACCCUGUACAGUCCCGUCCUGUUUGCCCCACCCUCUACUGCCCCGCCUGUUAUCCCUACACUGUUCAGUCCCCUCCUGUUUACCCCACACCCUACUGCCCCGCCUGUUAUCCCUACCCUGUACAGUCCCGUCCUGUUUGCCCCACCCUCUACUGCCCCGCCUGUUAUCCCUACCCUGUACAGUCCCGUCCUGUUUGCCCCACCCUCUACUGCCCCGCCUGUUAUCCCUACACUGUUCAGUCCCGUCCUUUUUACCCCACACUCUACUGCCCCGCCUGUUAUCCCUACCCUGUACAGUCCCGUCCUGUUUGCCCCACCCUCUACUGCCCCGCCUGUUAUCCCUACCCUGUACAGUCCCGUCCUGUUUACCCCCCACUCUACUGCCCCGCCUGUUAUCCCUACACUGUUCAGUCCCGUCCUUUUUACCCCACACUCUACUGCCCCGCCUGUUAUACCUACACUGUACAGUCCCGUCCUGUUUACCCCACACUCUACUGCCCCGCCUGUUAUCCCUACACUGUAUAGUCCCGCCUUGUAA